UCCGUCUUCUCGCUUCGGCAGGGAGGAUUUUGAAAAAGAGCGACGAAGAGACGGGACGGGGUCGGGGAUCCAUCUAGUCCCGAGACGGCCCCAAAAUCUAGCAAAGCCGCCGCGCCGGCGCGUUAGCCCGGCAACUGAUCCCCACCGCACGUCCGCUUCUACAAUCCGCACGCGAAGCGUCCCCUCAAGAUGCCGCGCCUGACGCCGGUGGACGCGACCCUCAUCCUGGACCACGUCCUGGGCGACCCCUCCGUCCCAACCGCCGCCGCCCACAAGUUCCUCGACGCGCUCCCCUUCCCAUCAGACGCGACCCCGCGCCUCCGCCGCGCAAUCCUCCUCCGCCGCCUCGCCGCCGACCCGGUCUCCGCGUCCUCCCUCGACACGCUCCAGCUCCUGGCCUCGCUCCCCGCCUCCACCUCCCCAAUCGCCGCCGCCCACGUCGCCGUCGCGGCCUUCCUCGCGUCCUCCGCGCCCGACUUCGACGCCGCCGCCAGGGCGCUCUUCGCGCGCCCCAGCGGCCGCGCGCGCCGCGCGGUCCACGAGGGAGGGCCCCCCGCGCUCGCCUCUGAUGACGCCAUCGCCACAGUGGACCAGUUCGAGGCCGCCGUCGGGAACUCGUUCUCUCGGUCCAUCCUCAGUAGCCUGUGGGGCAACCGGGCCGCCGCGGAGGAGCGGGUCAGGGAGCUCCUCGCCGACGAGUGGACCGCGAUUGGGCCGUCGCUGCUCGAGGCCGCGGCCGUGCGGAUCGUCGGGGAUGGAGCCCUCGAGACAUGGGGUGCCGCGGAUCAGGCCACCCGUGCGAAGCUCCGCAUCUUGGCUGGAGAAGAAAAAACACAUGAGAUUCUGGGCAAACUUGAAGAACCUACCUCCAGUGCAAAUCUAAUUUCAACACCAGCUGUUGAGAAGGUUUUUUUCGAGCUUAAAACAAGCUGUACUGACCUUCACAGUGUUGUGGGGGAUCUGCUUCCAGCUGCAAAGGCAGUUGUAGAUGAUAUAUUGGCUGCAAGGAUGGAGAAAGGCGUUAGUUUGAAAGCUGAAGAAGUAAGAGGUCAACGAACAACUUGUGGCACUGCAGGCCCAUGUGCUCUUAACGAUAAAGACAGGGGUUCAAGUAUAGGUAAACCUCGCAGCCUUAUGAAUUGGAACCCAACAGCACAGACCUUUCAGUGGGAGGAGUCAGGUCCUGAGUGUUCAGAAUCAUCGUUACGUAGACCGCCCUUGCCGAUAGUACCAGUUUCUCCUUUGGCACCACGAGUAAAGAAGAAUGGGCGUAGGAAGGCAAGGAGGUGGUGCUUGUUAGAAGAAGAAACACUAAGAAAGGGUGUUGAACAGUAUGGUAGGGGCAAUUGGAAGGAAAUUUUAGAUAACAAUCCUGAUGUUUUUAUCGGCAGAACACCGGUGGACUUGAAGGAUAAGUGGAGGAAUAUGAUUAUCCGAUAAUGUAAUGGAGAAAUAUGUAGGUGUCAAGUUACUAGAACCCUGACCAGCGUUGGAAACGAGCCAGCUCGGCUCGCCCAUUGCACGAGCUCAAGAAUGAGGCUCGGCUCGGCUCGAAGCUGGCUCGUGAGCUGGCGAGCGCUCACGAGCCGCACCGUAAUAAAUAUUAUUGCAUUAUAACAUAAUUAAAAAUAUAUAAAUGUGGAAUAUACAAUUAUCAUUCAAUAUUAUGAGUAAUCUAAUUUAUGAAAUGUCAUAAAUUUAUCGUCAAAAGCUAAUAAACGACCCUAUUAUCCAUAGAUUUAUUUAAUAUCCAUUGCUAUUUUGUAGAUUAAUUAAUUUGGCAUAGUUCGUGUGUAGGCUCGUCUUGCUCCUUUCGAGCCGAGCCGUUCUGAGCUUGAGCUUUUUUUCAAGCCCUACCUUUGACGCUUUGGAUAGGACAAAUUUAAUGCUAGACUAGGGUUGGGAAAAAAGCUCGAGCUCGACGAGUCGGCUCGGGCUCACGACGGCUCGACUUAUCGACUCCGUGCUUAGAACGAGCUUGAGCCGAGCCUCUUUUCUAGCUUUAGAAAAGAGCGAACCGGCUUGGCUCGCUGCGGCUCGCGAGUUAGAUCAUGGCUUGAUCCAACAAUAUUUUGUUACAUAAAAUUCUAAUUAGCAUAUAUUGUCGAUACUAAAUAGAUGAUUAGAUUAAGUUUUUGAGUUUAUGGUACAAAAUUAGUCUAUUUUCUAUAUUAUAUUAGUAAUAUGUUUAUUUUACUAAUCUAAAAUGUUACUCAAAUUAUUUUUGAGAUUUUAUAUUAUAUUUUAGAGAGAUAUUUCACGUUUAUGGUCAGAUGAGCCGACAACGAGCCGAGCUGAGUCAACUUUUAACGCUCGCGAGAGGAGCGAGUCGAGCUCGGCUCGUCUGUUACUUGAUCGAGCUGCAGCGAAAUGGAGAAGAGGUGUUUCCAAUUUGUUGCUGCAAAGUUCGGUCUCUAAUGAUUUGGAUAACUGUCCGUUGG